CGUCUACAAGUAGAUCGCUAAAUGCUUCAAGCUCGGGGAAGGAAGCCGAGUCACAGGAUUAACAGGCGCGGAAUCUAACGGGGCCUCCGUUCCGGCACCGCGGGUUCGUGAACUCCAACCCUAUCGACUUGCCAGAACACAGAGAGAGCACGGGCGCGCGCGCGCGAGAGAGAGAUGUAUCAUCCUUCCAGGGGGGGCGUGCGCGGUGGCCGAGACCAGUUCAAGUGGGAUGACGUGAAGGCUGACAAGCACCGAGAAAAUUAUCUGGGUCACAGUGUUAAAGCUCCUGUAGGAAGAUGGCAGAAAGGCAAGGACCUCUUUUGGUACGCCAGAGACAAAAAGUCUGCAAUGGCAGAUGCUGAAGCUGCUAAAGAAGAAAUAAAAAGGAUCAAAGAGCAGGAGGAGCAAGCUAUGCGUGAGAUUCUUGGCAUGGCUCCAAAAAGUGGCAGUCGGUCACAGGGCAGCCGCUUAGAUAAACAUGAAUAUGCUGAAUUAGUUAAAAGAGGUUCCACCACAGAGGACAUAGGUGCAAGUCAUGCUGAAGCAAUACGGGUUCAUGGUCUUGGUUUUUCUCGGGCUCCUCGGGUUGCCACAGACUUUGGUUGCGAACCUUCCAGUACCAGUGUGAAAGAGGCAUCACCUGAUAGGGCUGAUGCAGCUUCACCAAAGUCACUGACCAAGAGUAUGGAGGUGCCAGCACCUCAAAGCCACAAGAAGCGUGAGAGGAAUGGCGCAAGUGAAAAACAUGCAAAACGCCACCAUUCUUCAGAAGAGAAGAAAAAACACAAAAAAGACAAGGGGAAGAAGUAUCAUUCUGAUUCUGAUGGGUAAAGUCUUAGAAGGAGCUAAGCAAAUGAUAAUUCUGCAUUUUAGUUUAUUCAGAACACAUGUUUCCAGUCUAUUCAUUUAAACAUGGAUAGAUAAGACUUGUACCUUGUAAGCAUUUUCAUUUUAAGUUCGAAUGUAGCAAGAAUGUUGUUUUUAUGUGCUUAUGUUGAAGUUCAUGUAAAAUCUCUUUGUAAGAAAGCCUUUCUGCCGAUGCUAGGUGCAAUAUCCAAGUAUGUGGUUUGGUUCAGGCAGGGAUCCUCACACGAUUAUGGCGUCAGAAAUAUACCUUUGUACUGAACUUUUUUCCAUUCAGUUCAUUUAACAUGUGUAGAUGAGACUUGUAUCUUGUAUGCAUUUUUAAGUUCAAAUAUAGCGAGAUUGUUGUUUGUA